UAAAAGGCCUCAACUUCAUGUUACCAAGGAUGCGAACGGAAAAGAAACUCCACCAAAAGCGCCUUUCGCACUGGACAUAGCCCAAAGGAAAGUAUUAUGCAACUGGGUGAGAGAUUUAAAAUUUCCAGAUGGUUAUGCGUCCGACUUAACAAGAUGUGUGGACAUGCAGUCCGGUAAGCUGCACAGUAUGAAAAGUCAUGACUGUCAUGUCUUCAUGGAAAGAUUGUUACCGAUAGCAUUAAAGGAGUUGCUCCCGGUUCAUGUGUGGAAAGCUGUUACUGAGAUCAGCCUCUUUUUUCGUGAUUUGUGUUGCUCCACCAUCACAGUAAGAGACAUGGAAAGAUUGGAAAAGAACAUAGCCGAGAUCAUUUGUAAACUUGAAAAGAUUUUCCCACCAUCAUUCUUCAAUUCCAUGGAACACUUACCGGUUCACCUUCCACGCGAAGCUAGGCUAUGUGGUCCCGUACAAUACCGUUGGAUGUAUCCCUUUGAAAGGUUCCUUAAUCAUUUAAAACGCAAAAUUGGUAACAAGGCUCGUGUGGAGGGUUCUAUUUGUAAUGCGUACUUGUGCGAAGAGAUUGCAAACUUCUGUUCCAACUAUUUUCAGCAAGGAGUGGAUACUAAGACACGAGAUUUAGGCCGUAAUGUCACUAAUGAAGUUGAUAGGAUGCUCGAUGAAAAUGUCCCAGAACUAUUUAGAGUUGAUUGUGGUCGGCCGUCAAACGCAGGUGGAAAACGAUUUUUAACUGAAGCAGAACUUCAACGUGCACACCUAUAUGUGUUAGCAAAUAUAGGCAUCUUACAAGAAUUUGAAAAGUAAAACACUUGUUAUUAAUCAUACUAUUUACAAAUUUGAAUUUUAUUUCAAUUUAGACAUUGACAAUUGUUAUGAU